CUUUUGCUCUUCUGACCGCUACCGCCUCUUCACUCACCGCUUUUCUUAUUGCCUGCAGUCUUCUUUGUUUUGUCCACAAUUACAUUCGGGCAGGCGGUCGCAGCGAUAACGAUAACGAGAUGCAUCACCAUCGGCGAAGCUGCGGUCUUUCUGUUCCUCUUCUCGUCCCUCCUCCUCGUUCUCUCCCCGCCGUUCCUCGUGUACGCCGUGUAAUUCGUCCCUAUUGCGAUUCCUCACAGACAAGAUGGCGACCACGACGGCAACGGCGAUCCAGAGCAGCCACCCUCCAAUCAUCCCUAUGGAUUUCUCCGCACAGCAACCCAAGACAAUUCGGCUUUACCCCUUGAGCAACUACACUUUUGGUACCAAGGAGACUCAGCCCGAGGAAGAUCCCUCCGUGCCAGCUCGCCUGAAGCGGCUGGAGGAGCAUUAUGACCUCCACGGUAUGCGCCGUACCUGCGAGGGUGUUCUCGUUUGCCACGAACACAACCACCCUCACGUUUUGAUGCUGCAGAUAGCGAAUGCAUUCUUCAAAUUACCUGGUGACUACCUCCCCCACGACGAAGAGGAGAUCGAGGGCUUCAAGAAGCGCCUGAACGAGCGCCUGGCCCCCGUGGGAUCGCAGUUCUCCGGGGAGGGAGUCAACGAAGACUGGGAAAUUGGUGAUACGCUUGCGCAGUGGUGGCGCCCCAAUUUCGAGACCUUCAUGUACCCGUUCCUGCCAGCACACAUCACCCGGCCGAAGGAGUGCAAGAAGUUGUACUUUAUCACCCUGCCGAAGAAAAAGGUCCUCUCCGUCCCCAAGAACAUGAAGUUGCUGGCGGUCCCUCUCUUCGAGCUGUACGACAACUCGGCGCGAUACGGCCCCCAGCUCUCCGCGAUCCCGCAUCUGCUGUCGCGGUACAAUUUCGAGUUCGUGGACGAGAACGACAACGUUGUCGCCGUCACCCCGGGCACUCCGUUGUCAGCGGACCAGGUCCCGCGUACCAAGGUGCUGGCGGGUGGUAAUGACGAAGAGGAUACGGGGAUGAUCGAUAUCGGCGAAGGAGAGAAGUGAAUUGCCGGAGAAUAGUCGGAGAACCCCACAAGAGGGCGCGGGGAAGAACCGAGCGAGACACAGAGUCAAUCCCAUCGUUCUUCCCCUUCACGAAACAUGAUUCCAACGGCUAGUCCUGCACGGCUGCCAAAAUAAUACAACCUGAACUCUGUAAACUCCUGCAUUUCCCGAUACCCUAAACCAAGUUAGGAUGAGGCUGCAUUUCUCCGAAUUAUCUCCACGAGUC